GGAACUGAAGCAUGUCUCUACAUGUCCGAGCGGAGGCAGAGGGGGCAGCCGGACUGCAGGGAGACCUGCUGCCGGCAGAAAGCAUCUGAUGGACGGAGGAGAACUACCAGCUGGCUCCAUCCAAGCUCACCCAGACCGCACAAAGCCAUGGAUGUCCAACAGGAUCUUUAUGUCUCCAGCUGGUCUGACCUGGACCUCCACCCUCUGAGCCCAGAGGAUCCCUGCAGGCUGCGGAUCCUCUCUGCUAAGAUCUGCUUCAUCGUGAAGAACAGAGAAAUGGAGAAAUUUGAAAGCGUGGUGGAGUUUCUGGACACCACACACAGACUUCUACCCAGACUGGUUCCUGCUAUCAAACAUAUGAAGGUCCUGUUUGGUCUGAAGACCAUGAUAAUCAUGUGGAUGCUGAAAGAGGGCAGAGGGAUGGUCCACAUCAUGUCCAAAAUCAUCCAGUUCUUCCCAAGCAAGCUGCCCCAGUAUGAAGAUCAGUGUAGCCAGCGUGAAAUGUUCCUCAUGCGGAAGAACCAUGCAGACUUCAAGAGUCUGGCACAGAGCCUCGCCAUAGACAAGGAGAGGCUUAAAGAUUAUAUCAAGAAUGAGUUGGAGCAACAGUAUGGAGAACGUUACGCCAAGAAGGUGGAAGAGAGACUUCUGGAUUACCUGCAGGAGCUGCAGAAGGUUUCCCCUCAAGAGUCCUUAAUCUGCAAGAUAAUGAACAACCAGAGUGCUGAGAACGGAGACGAUGAGGUUCUUCUGGAAGGAAAGAGCUCAGAUCCAUCAGCUGUGAGGACGCUGCUGAGCUGUGGUGCUUCUACUUCCUGUUCUCCAACCGCCCUGCUGGGAUGUCCCAUAAAGAGCCAGCUCCAGUCUGAAGGAGAACCUCUGCUUGGUGUUGAUGGAGGAGACCUGCAGGUUGGUCCCUGUCUGUGUCCAGAGGACCUUCAGUUGUUGAAGAGCGUAAGUAGCUCAGAUCGUUCAGAACGUCUGCAUCCAGAGAGAGAGGAAGCAGCUCAGAAAGACGGAAAAAGAGAAGGUGGGGAUGAGGAGCAGUGUGUGGCGAAAACCAAUGAACGUCCUGAAGAUGGCAGCUCCUCUCCUCAGUUCUGCUCCAAACAUCAGCGAUGGGUGAAGAGCAUCCUCCGAGGUUGUCCUGAUGACUGCUCAGAGGAGCUGCUACAGCAGCAGCUCAACGCUUCCUCAUCUCCAGUGCUGUUCCAGUCUUCCUCAUCAACGCCUUCGUCUUCACAGGACCUGACACCGUCUCACCUUGUCUUCUCUUCCUCUGAUCCCACUCCUCCAUCACACACUUCCACCCAUCUCCAGAUAUCAGAAGCUGCAAACACUGGAGGUAAACAGAGGCCAGGAUCUGAGGCAUCAGAAGGUUCUGUUCUGCCUACCAUGCAGUUUCCGGUCGUCCGGCUGGUGGACAUUGCUUCUUUCUGCAGGAACCACGUCACACCCGAGUCAAAGCAGUUAUCAGCUGACCACUUCUCCACAUUGCUUGAAGUAGCGUCAUGUAGCUCCAGGCCUCGGACUUCUUCGGUUCUCAGGACAUCAGGAAACCAGAACUCUUCCCAUGACCUGCAAACAGCUCUAGGGAACCAGCACAUAUCUACGCGAUCCUGCAGCAUUCCAGGUCAACACACCGCCUCUAGACUCUCAUUGAAGUCCAGGAGGAAGGCUCAAUCACAGCCGUUUGGGGAGGACCGCGGUCCUUUUCCACCAUCCUCUCAGCAAAUUCAGAACUCCAAACUUGAUCCCCAAACCCCAAACAACAGAACUUUUCAGUCCAAACUCCCCUCAGGUUCAUCGUUCAGAACCUCCUACCUUCAGGAAAGGCCUCCAUCUCAAACCCAACUGGAACUUCUGCAGACAUAUGUGGGCCUGACUAGGCUGAGUGCAAAGGAGAUCCUGCAGGCGACUGAGGGAAGAGCCUCAGCCAGGCGGGCCAAGCCCAGCGUGCAGCACAGCGCUGCUGAGGAGUGGGCGAAGGAGGUGCUCCAAGAUGGAGACUGCUUCUUUGACGUGAACGCUCUCUAUUCCAGCGACUCUUCGAGCAGCGAGUUUGAGGACUCGGGCACCUGCGACCCGACCUACCGACCUCACGUUAACAGGAGGAGGUUCCUCUCAGAGAACCAGGCGGUUUAUUCAUUAAGAAAAUGAGAAACUGAACCAUCAUCAGACCAGUUAAACAAGUUGCUCCUUCAUGCUAAGCUUGCUUGAUGUGUUCAAACCUGUAAUCCAAUCUAAUGCAUUGUAAGAAUUUAUUCUGUCCAGUUCCAGCUACAAAUACAGCUGGGUUUUAUUUAUAUAAAAAAAAAAUCGACAACUUUUCAGAUCUAAAUUGUUCACCUUCCUCUCCUUGAUCCUUCUCUACUUUGUGUUUGUUUGGAUCAUAAAACCCAGUUUAUCGCAGUGAUGUUGGUAGAACAGUACAGCAUAUGAAACUUGGCUAAGGUUUAGCUCACGUGUUCUGUGGCACCAGAUGGUCUUUGUUUAUGGAUCUAUUGUGUACAUUUACAGGUCAAAAGGUUCUAACAGCUAAGGCAUGAAUCAGGUCACAUCUGUUGCACAUUAUUCAAGGGUUUGCCUUCAUCUGACCUCAGCCAGAGAACCUGUGACAUUUGGAGGACUAAUCAAGAGAAGAAGAAGAAGAUCCACCAUGAUAUCCCCACAGGACCCCUAGACCUCCUUAUCUGCACCUGCUGCUACAGGGACCAGGAAAUGGGUCUGACCUCUGAGCUGCAGGGCCAGUCAGGACACCAGGCAGAGGUUCUUCACCCCAUAUGGAUCCGGGAGUUUGAACUUAGAUAAAGCUUUAUCAGGGCACUAUGUUAAACACACAAACCUCCAUGGUUAUACAAAUCAAUGUAGAUUAUAUUUGUAAAGUGGAACAAUAAGGCUUAAUCAUUUUUACAAAAAGAUCUAAAUGGUUUACACUUCCUUUACCCAUUUAACUAAUUCCCAUGAAUAUAACUCAGUUCAGAGAACAAGAGAUCUCAUCAAAGUCCAGCUUGGUGAUAAAAUCUGAAAACAAUCUGCUUCUGGAGAACAACCAGCAUCAUAAAUGUCAAGGAACCCAGUAGACAAAUCAGAGGGGAAGUUCUGCUUGUGUUUAAAGCAGGGUG